CUCCCCUUCCCUUCAAGCCACUCCCACGGCCCAUUCUCCUUCUCCGUCCCUUCUCCGUGGCAUGACAUGACAUCUCGACAAAGAGACAGAAAGUCAGAGACCACCCACUGCUCAAACGGAACAUCGCCCGACCUAGCCGGCCAGUACGCCACCAUCGGCACCUCAACCAACUCCCGCCCCACGUCUCGGCACCCGUUAGCUGCCAAGGGCCUAAUGUCCCCUCCGUCCACGGCUCUGACCUGUUGAUUUACAGCGUACAUACCCCGUACAGUUACCUACUCCGCUGGGGGAAGCCACAGAAUCCCCCAAGACUCUCCUCCUCGAACGCAGAUUGGUGGAAUAACAAGGUCGUACGUAAAGGGGCCGGGCCUUUCACAACCGGCCGAAUUACCCUUACCGGUGCGUCUAUACCUAACCUAUCAUGGGUAUUGCCCACCGGUGACGGUGACGGCGGUGAUGGUGAUGACGAUGGUUGACGGACGGCCGGCCCAGUCUGC